CCCAGCCGCCGCCGGUUCUCUCAGGCCCCCGGUGCUGCCGGCCUCGACCGAUUUUUCCUCGGCGCUCGUACUAUUCAAGAUCAGGGGAUACUGCGGCGAGCCGUACAGGACGAGACGGUUACCGCCCGCUGCGCUGGAACCUCGACCUUAGACCAAAAUGCCAACCGUCUUCCGUGUCAUAGUGCAACUAUGUUGAUACGUCUCCAACAUUAACACUCUGCGGUGUUGCUUCAAGCAAUAGAAAUUCUACUGCAAGUGACGUUCUAAAAGUGUGUGCCACAAUGGUCCGGAUGAAAAGCUUCGAUGAUGAAGACGGCAGUGGUGCUAACAGAGGCCCACCGACGGGGCCACCCGCGAAUUCUGAAAGAACUGUGUUGAAUACUCAAAGUUAUCAGCACCAACAGCCACCAACAGAACAACCGAUUCCCGCGCAGCCGUACCGGCCACCGCAAAACUUUGUCGAGGGCUUCCUAACCAGCAUAAACCAAGACCUGCUCGUGUCCAAGACGUUCUACUUCUUCUUCUUCUCCGCGUUCGGCUCGCUCUUUCCACUGCUCGCCGUCUACUUCAAGCAGAUGGGUAUGAACGCCACACAGAGUGGUCUGCUGAUAGGCAUCCGGCCCUUGGUCGAGUUCAUCAGCGCCCCCAUGUGGGGCGGAGUCGCUGACCGCUUCAAGAAGGGCAAGGCAAUCCUGCUCUGCUCGCUCGCCUGCUGGAUCAUAUUCACGCUUUCUCUGGCGUUCGUGCAGCCUCCCGCCGCCUCGUGCAUCGACUACAACGACACGCACCACGUCUUGUACUCCCCGGACACUGGCGGCAACGACCGCUACCGCCGGAGCGUGCCUAUGGUCCAGGAGGACCUCUGGAUGGACGUGGCCGCCGAAGAAGAGCAAUCAGUUCCGCAACUUCUCGAUUCUUUACCGGAGCUGCGCAGUAAGAGGGGCCACUCAAGCACCGAGGCACCGUCGCUGCCUCAGGUGGAAAAAGGGCGAAGCAAGGCCAAGCAGCUUCCCCCAAACUACGUCGUCGGCAAGUCGCCCAACACGGUCGAGUACACCCUCAACUACAACCAGGAGCGGCACACGUCCUACAUCUCGCCUCCCUUCAGCUCGAUCGUGUACAAGUACGAAGACGUCCAGGAGGUCUUCUUCCUCCUCCUGCUGCUCAUCGUGCUCGGCGAGUACUUCAGCGCCCCGGCCAUCACGCUGGCCGACUCGGCGACGCUGUCUCACCUCGGAGAGGACACUGACAACUACGGUCGCCAACGCAUGUUCGGCUCGCUCGGCUGGGGUGUCGCCAUGUUCUUCGUGGGUAUUGCGCUCGACCACUCGACCUCUUUUCCGAACCACCCGUGCGGCCCGUACGAAAAAGAGCGGAACUACACCAUCUGCUUCGCCACCUUCUCGGUGCUCAUGGGCUGCGCCUUCAUAUCGGCCACGCAGCUCAAGUUCGACUAUGAGCCUGACCUGGGUGCGUCGGCCGACAACAUCGUCAUGAAGCAGGUCGUGAUGAACAGCGACGCGAGCAAGCCCAUCACCAUCGAAGACAUCGCGCCGGGCAUACCGCAGGCCCGGCAACCCAAGCAGGAAGAGAAACAGCCGGAGACGACCAAGAGCACGGUGUUUGCUCAGACUACGCGGAAGCUGCCGGAGUGGUUCGCUGUGCUACGGUCGUUCGCGACGGUUCGCUACGGCGCCUUCCUGGUUGUCACGUGGUUCAUGGGCUUCGGCAUCGGUCUCGUGUUCACCUUCCUCUUCUGGCACCUGCAAGACCUGGGCGGCACGCCCACUCUCUUCGGGGUCGCCUCCGUCAUCAACCACGUGUCCGAGAUAUUCGCGUACUUCUUCAGCUUCCGCUUCAUCCGGCAGAUUGGACAUGUCAAGGUGCUUUGUAUCGGGCUCAUCGGCAACGUCUGCCGAUUCCUUUACAUCUCCUGGUUGAAGAACCCCUGGUGGGUGCUGCCCUUCGAAUUCAUUCAAGGAGUAACGCAUGCGGCUGUGUGGGCUGCUUGCUGCUCCUACAUCACCCAGGCGACGCCCGCCAACCUCAGGUCGUCGGCACAGGGUGUCCUGCAGGGACUUCAUCACGGACUCGGGCGCGGCUGCGGAGCCGUUAUUGGAGGAAUAUUUGUCAACUACUUCGGCACGCAGAUCACGUUCCGUGGCUACGGGUUCGCCUGCCUGCUGGUGCUCGUCGGGUUCGUGUUCGUCAACUACUACCGCAAGGAUCGGGGCUUCGUGGCGUUUCGCGACGACGAGGACGAGCCGCACCUCGUCGUCGAGGAGACCUCCCACCUGGCGCCCCACGGCGUUCCGGCCAACCCGAUGGCGCGUUCGCUCUCCAAGCAAAACCUCGGCGACGGCCAGCAGCCUGGCGGUGGCCAGCAGCAGCCACAGCAGCCGAACGCUGGCGUAACCCAGGGGCCCGGUGGCUUCCUCGGCGUCCCCGGAGGUGGAAACCAGGGAUCGCGGAACAGCAGUCAGCCAGAUCAGUGGGGGUACAGGACGAACGUUGUGAGCCAAGCCUACUCACCUGAGGAAAUGGGAAGAAGCUACGGCCGGACGUCCCUGGCGGCUGCCUUUAAUCCGAAAAGAAUCAUGGCCCAGGCUGUCAGCCCCGACAGCGCAUAUCAACUCGACCACAUCAGAAAGGACUUCGAGGCCUACAAGGACGUGACGGCACUGAGGGACUACGACCAGGAUUCGGCAAAAGAAACCAACCCGUUCGCGUCAUCUCUGGUGAAAACCUCGCCGUUCGCUCCGCAGCCGAGUCGGAGACAAGUCGCUGACGCCUAUGCGUGGUAGAGGCAACGCUAGCAUCACAAAUACCGGCAACGUCGAAAGCAAUGUGUCAACCCUGUUUUUAAAGUGGAAGUAGUCGAAUUGUUUUUUUUUUACGCUCGGUCUGCGAAUUUUUUGAGAGCGAAGUACAGGACACCAAGAUGAAGGAAUUCUGCAAGAGAGAACAAAACA